GACGAAACUCUUUUCACUGAUACAAAAUCUACCUCUUGACCUGCUCUUUUUCACUCCCAUAAAAUCCAUCUCUCCCCUCUCCUGCCCUCCAGUUCCGCAUGGAUCAUUCCCUCUUCUGCUUCCUGUGAUCUUACUCCUCGUCCUCUACCACUGAAGACGCCGGGCCGCCGAUGAUCUCCACGGCUCAACUCCCGGCCUUUUCGGAUUCCGACAACGGCAGCAGCAUCCAAUUCGCAGAUGCCAUUGAAUCCCACUCGCCUGAAAUAGAGAGCCUCCGGCGCCUCUCCGACCACCUCUUAUAUCUCCUUCAAUCCCCCGACUUCGAUUUCUUCUCCGAUGCCCGCAUUGCGGUCGGUGCCAAAGAGCUCGCCGUCCAUCGUUGCUUGCUCUCCGCGCGGAGUUCCUUUUUUCGAGAUGUCUUUGCGGGAAAGGAGAAGGCGCCGGACCUGCCGGUUAGGGUUGAGAUGAAGGAAUUGGUGGGUGAUAAGUUCGAUGUGGGCUUCGAGGCGUUGGUUCUCGUGAUUGAUUAUCUGUACAGCGGGAGGGUAGGUCAGUUGCCGAAGGAUGUGUGUAUGUGCGCCGAUGAUGAAUGUGCACAUGUUGGAUGCCGGCCUUCGGUGGGGUUUAUGCUCGAGGUGCUCUUUGCCUCUUUCACGUUCAAGAUCUCCGAACUAGUCAGCCUCUUUCAGAGGCAUCUUCUUGAUAUUAUUGACAAGAUAGCAAUAGAUGAAAUACCACUAAUCCUUUGUGUUGCAAAAUUCUGCAAUAUAGCAUGUGAAAGAUUGCUUAUUAAGUGUGUAGAGAUUGUUGUCAAGUCGGACAUACAUAUUGUAACUCUAGAGAAGGUCUUGCCCCUGGAUAUAGUUAACCAAGUCAUGGAGACACGUUCAAAUCUCGGUCUGCGAGGCGGUGAGGGCCUUGUUUUUCCUGAUAAACAUGUUAGGAGAAUUUACAGAGCUUUAGAUUCAGACGACAUUGAAUUAGUGAAAAUGCUGUUGACAGAGGGACCUACUUCCCUUGAUGAUGCUUAUGCCCUCCAUUACGCCGUGGCUCAUUGCGAUACAAAAAUCACCAUGGAACUUCUAGAUUAUGGUCAUGCAGAUGUUAACCAUGUGAGCCCUAGGGGUUAUUCUGUGCUACAUGUUGCUGCCAUGCGUAAAGAACCUAAGAUCAUAGUUUCUCUCCUGACGAAAGGAGCACGGCCGUCCGAUCUUACAUUAGAUGGUAGAAAAGCAGUUCAAAUUUCCAAGAGAAUUACAAAGUAUGUGGACUAUUGUAGGAACAUAGAAGGCAGGGCUUCUCUUGAGGAGGGGCGUUUAUGUAUUGGUAUAUUGGAGCAUGCUGAAAAAAGAAAUCCACUCGUAGGAGAAGUUUUUUCUCUGGCAAUGGCUGGGAAUGACCAGCAUGGAAUAUUAUUGUACUUGGAGAAUAGAGUUGCACUUGCGAGGAUGUUGUUUCCAAUGGAGGCAAAAGUCGCUAUGGAGAUUGCUCAUGUUGAUGGUACCUUGGAAUUUACACUGGGCACUACUGCAAACCCGAGAUCCACUGUCGACUUGAAUAAAGAACCUUUCAAGAUUAAGGAAGAGCAUCUAGCCCGGAUAAAAGCUCUUUCUACAACAGUUAAACUUGGCAAACGAUUCUUUCCCCGGUGCUCAGAGUAUUUGGAUAAAAUUAUGGAUGAUGAUAAUUUCGAUUUGUCUUCUGUUGGACACAACAACGCUUCGGUGGAGCAAAUGAAGAGGUACCUUGAACUACAAGAUGAUAUCAACAGAGCAUUUACUGCGGACAAGGAAAAAUUAGAUAAGUCUGCAUUGUCUUCACCUUCUUCUUCAUCCACAUCUGCAGGGAUUGUUCGGAAAAGAAAUAGAGUUUGUAUAUAAAACCAACUGUGUUGUUUCAGUAUCAGUUUCCUCCUCUGUACUUCGCCAUUGUUGCUGUAACGGAAGCUACUGCUGAAUAUUUUACAAGUGGUAUAGCUUUCACUGAAUUUUUUUGGCCGUUGUAAGUAUAUAGGCUUAAAGCCAUUUGAUACAUGGUUGUUUCUCGCUUAUACUUCUAAUACAUAUACGUUGUUAGUGUUAUAAUUC